GACGCAUUGAAGAACCUUAACCACCUGAAGAAGAUGCAGCGACUCUGAUGGAGGGGAUGGGCAUUGAUUAAACACUACUACCAGGUACAUACACUUCUGUAUCUUUGUUUUCCUAUAUCCUUUUUAGCAACUGCUUUGGAAGUCAGGGAAGCCCUGCACGCCACUGUGGGAACAUGGACCAGGCAGUGUCUGCUGCAGUGGCCAGUGCAGUUGGGCCAAUCAUCUCGACCCUCAGUUGCACCACAGAGACGAUACUACAGCAAACCACGGCGCCACCUUCUCUGCCCCCGUUGCAGCACUUCUCUCCCCCAUCUCCUUUACCCUGUUCGUUCUCGCCUGCCCCUUCCUUUAAUUCUCUCACACACCUGAACUAACCGGACAUUGUUGUCUCACCAACCUAUGUAACUCCUGGUCCAUCAUGGGCAGCAGCCGUAGGUCCAUCUACCCCAACACCAACAAGCCAUC